UGAAAAUUUCGUUCAAGUUCCUCUAAUACUGGGCACAUCUUCGGCGGAGGCGCUCACCUUUCUUGCUUUCAUGGGCGGUCUGGUGUUGAUAAAACAACCCAAUGCCCUCGAAACGUUGAUAUUGCGUUAGACGUGGCAACGUCUAUCGCCUUCUUUGAUCACGCUGCAUAGACGUCACUGACCGCCCCGACGGCGCCUGUUUUCCAAACAUGCGUUGCACUAAGCAGCUAGUUGGCGGCGACCGCCCUUGAUAAUAGGCAUGUGAAAAUCGCCCUAUCGCUAAACCCCCCUUUAAACCCCUUUCACUAUUACUAUAGUUCUUUAUAAGUCGGUGUCCUCUUUGGACUAGCCUCUCAAACGAUUUCUUUAGAGGAAAUUUAAUCUCUGUUUUAACGCAAUUUGUAUGUUUGUGAUUAUUUUGAAUAAAGUGAUUUGUUAAACGCCUUAACUAUGUAUAGUUUGUGUUGCGUUAAACGGCUAUCAUUUAAAAUAAACCAGCCCCGCAAGAAUACAGUCCACACCCCCAACAAAUCAACCCGUUAGAUGGUGGUGAAGCAAGGAUACGUUUCUAACCCACAUGGAGUGCUGUAAACUCCUGGCAUCUCAAAUGGAAUUUUGUUUUUGACGGACCGAAGAUGUUGAGAAAUUUUCGGACAAAUGGAGUACCUCUAAUCACCGCCAUAGGAUCAUUGUUUGAUCUGAAUCCUAGCGGCCUCUCGCCUUGGGAUCUAGAGCUCUUGUCAGACACCAACGUUACCGAGGUGGGAUCUAUAGUCAAAGAGGCAUACGUUGGUCCCAAUGGGUCAUUCGCUGAAAAUUUGGCUGCCGUAGUAGAAUUAGUCAGCGACCAAAUGUUCGUGAGAUCAACUUUGAAGCAGGCCGAAAUACAAUCGAACUUUACCCCCGCAUAUCUCUAUCAAUUUUCUUUCGAGGGUUUCUUAACCUCGUUUCUUCCCAACAUCGAAGGCACGGGCAGGGCCGGCCACGGAGAGGAAUCCCCUUAUCUUUUUGCGACGAUGCCGUUGCUCACCGAUCGAGAAGUAUUGAUCAGCAAGCAGAUGGUCAAACUCUGGGCUAACUUCGCGAAAAGCUUGAAACCCACUCCUGAUGCAUCGGACCCGCUGUUCAACCUCACGUGGCCGCAAGUUACCCCCACCAACAUUCAGUAUUUGGACUUCGACGAUCAGAUCGCGGUGAAACCCAACAGAAAGGAAAAAGAAAUCGCAAUGUGGAAUCGCGUUUAUUACACUUACAGUCAACAGCCAUUUAAUGGAUUUUAAGAUGUAUUAAACGUUUAGUUACAAAUUAAAGAUGUGUUUUAUUCAACG